GCGGAUCGUCAGUGUACCUUUGGCGCGUGUGUAGGUUGGACGCUGCCGCUCCCGACCAGCAUGAUUGUGGCCACGUGACUCCGCGGCGUCGGAUGGAACACAGGUGGAAUGCGACCAGCGACGACUGUUUUGUGCCAUUCUGUCGUGGUGGAAGGUUCAUGCCGUUCGGCAAGAGGAAAUGAUUUUGUUUUGGCCUUUUUAUCUUAGAAGAAAAAGGAAAAAAAAUAUUUUGGGUUUCGUUUCUACAGAAUCCGCCUUUGAAGUCCUUAUUUUUUUUUAGUGUACAGUAUAAUGGAGAUGUGUUACAAGUGUAUGAAUUGUAGCUAAGGUAUCAGUGCCUCGUUGAGCGUAACCGUGCAUGUGCACCUAUAUUUCUGUAGAUAAACAGAGCAGAGCUUAAGCGCGGAGUUCGCGCCCGCCUGUGUCACCGACUGUGAUAUUGAAGGAUCUCAGGAAUCGCUGCCUCCCAGGAUGCACGACGUCGACAGGUACCGUGGCUCCUGCCUCUUUGUCUCCAAGCCCCGGGGGCGCGGCCAGGCCCAUCUCAGGACCCGUGGCCCCAACCAGGAAAACCAGCAUCACCACCAGCCGCAGCAACAGCAGCAGCAACAGCAGAGUGGCAGCGGGGGCGGGGGCGGCAAUCACAGCAGCUCGCACGGCGCCCACCCUUCUGCUCACAUGGACUCUAGCUACGUGAUGGAGGGCGGGUCAGCCCUGGCGGGGAUGCCGCUGUUCUCGUUCCUGCCGCAGCGGCGCGGCUCCUUGUGGAACCCCGGCCGCGUGCAGCACCAUGGGCGGCAGCAGCGCUCGCCGUCGCACCAUCAGGCCGGCCACCAGCAGCAGCACCACGUCCACCACUACUUGGGGCCGCAGGAGCCCUCAGGAGGAAGCGACGCGGGCGACUGCCUCUUCUCCUCCGAGGACGGCGACGAGCUGGAGAGGUUGCCGCUGGCCCGCCUAGCCCUUCAUACCCAGGGCGCCCCCCUCAUCCUGCCAUCCAGGAGCUCCCCCCGCUCCUCGCCGCCCUGCUCCGGCCUCGGGGCGCGCCCUGCGAGGGAGCUGGCGCACGGCGACGCCUCGCCCCCCGUCGGCAGCGACGCCGUGUCUGUCACUUCCGACGAAGGCAGCACAGGCCACGCCGACACGUCACUACCUCGGAUCAUCAAGCCCCGCAAGCGACGCAAGAAGGACCGCAAGCCCGCGCCGGGCUCGCCGCCCCCCUGCUCCGGCGAGGGCGAGCGGGGCGCGGACCCCGAGGCGGCCGACGCCUCGGGCUCCAUCGUGACGCUCAAGCCCUACAUGCCCAUGUGCUACAACUACGACGCCGCCGGGGACGACCAGGGCCCCCGAGGCUGCGAGAGCUCGCGCGCCUGCGGGUGCGGACACUGCGUCGCCGGGCAUGUGUUCCCCACGCCCCCGCCCUCGCCCGCGUCGUCGUCCGCCAUGUCCUCCGUCAUCUCGUCGUCGUCGUCGUCGUGCUCCUCGUCGUCGGAGGACGAGCCCGGCGGCGCGGGCGGCGCGGGCGGCGACGGGCGCAGCCAGCUGGUGCGGUCGCUGAGCGAGCCGCAGCCCUCGCACCCGACCAUACACAUUUCCUCCACAGUGAUGCACUCGUUCGCGGGCCACCGCGAUCUAGAUAUUCGAAUAUUGCGGAGCGUCCCGCGGGACGUUCCCACUCGGACGAGACAUUGGUCAGUACCUGCGGCCGCCCGCAACCACCCGCAUCCUGCCCACACGCCGCAAAGCCGCGGCUCCAGCUCAUAUCCUUCGUCGGCGUGUUCGACCGUGUCGCUCCUGGACGGAGGGGCGCCGCAGUCUCCGAGCUAUGCAGUCACGACGCCUCAGCCGCCACAGAGACCAUGGCUACCCCUUGCCGAGCCCGACCGAACCAAACCUUCAUGUAUAUUCACAGUGAUGUGCUAUAAUGUAUUAUGUGACAAGUAUGCAACACGACAAAUGUACGGGUACUGUCCGUCGUGGGCUCUGGAGUGGGAGUACCGUAAGAAGGGAAUUAUGGACGAGAUCAAGCACUACCUGGCGGACAUCAUUACACUACAGGAAGUGGAGACAGAUCAGUUCUUCAACUUUUUCCUACCGGAGCUUAAGAGUGAAGGAUACGACGGAAUUUUCUCCCCUAAAUCAAGGGCAAAACACAUGACAGAAAGUGAGCGAAAGUAUGUAGAUGGAUGUGCUAUCUUCUGGAGAACCAGCAAAUUCAGCCUGGUCAAGGAACACCUUAUUGAAUUUAACCAACUCGCUAUGGCCAACCAUGAUGGAUCAGAAGACAUGUUGAAUCGCGUCAUGACUAAAGACAACAUAGGCCUGGCUGCGCUCCUGGAGACCAAGGAAGCAGCAUGGGAGAACUCACAAUUGCUGCCAGAUAAAUCCCAAAUCAGCCAGCCUGUGCUAGUAUGUACAGCCCACAUUCAUUGGGACCCGGAGUUCUGUGACGUCAAACUCAUUCAGACAAUUAUGUUGAUGAGUGAAAUCAGACAAAUUAUCACACAAAUUGUCGAGGAUUCACAGCAUAGAUCUCGGUCUGGGCACAAGAUGGAUCCAAACUCCAUUCAGCUUCUCUUGUGCGGAGAUCUUAAUUCACUUCCUGACUCAGGUGUAGUUGAGUUCUUGACAAAGGGAAAUGUGUCAAUGGACCAUGAAGACUUCAAAGGUUUUGGGUAUAAAACCUGCCUGCAGAAGAUUGCUAUGGCCAAGACUAAUAAUUCAUUAGUCAAUUCUAAUUCCAACAUCUACACCCAUUCUUUCAAGCUCUCGGCUGCCUAUGAUUUUAGUAUCAUGGCAUAUACCAACUAUACGUAUGAUUUCAAAGGAAUCAUAGACUACAUCUUCCACAGCAGUGAGACAAUGUCAGCUUUGGGUGUCUUGGGACCCAUUGAUACUGAUUGGUUUAAAGAUAACAAGGUGUUGGGCUGUCCACACCCUCAUAUACCUUCAGAUCACUUUCCUCUGCUGGUUCAACUUGAGAUGCGACCAGCAUCAGCAUCCAUCAGCCAACCAAACGGUCUCCUUCACAGGUAGCCUGUGGGAGACAUUCUCUCCACAACCACCAUUACUUUGGGGGGCAGUCCAUUCACCACAGGUCUCACUAGGAGAUCUUAGAAUACCAAAUAGUUGCCAGCUCCACAUUGAAAACAAAGCAGGGAUUGAAUAUAGCCAAGUCACCUGCUAACAUUCACCCCUAAAUUACAUAUGGACACCUCAGGGCAGCCAAUAUGUUGUGAUGAUGGAAAAAUGGAAGUGUUAUAUUGAGCCAUGUGUUGGUUUGGUUGAUCUGCAGGGCUGCAGGUAAAAAGGGAGAAAAGACAUCAUCUGGUUGCCAGAGAAAGUUUAGGGCCCUUUUGAUAUGUAUUGUUUCUUGGAACAGUUGCCCUAACACCAUCCAGACCAUUGAGGCCUUGUUAAUGUGUUUUCAGGAGCACACACUACAAGAGCGUUUUGUGUGGCACUGUGACAGAUUUUUUCCCCUCUUCUCUUCCUCCAUAAAUCUAGAUGAUAGUCAAGUUAGGGGUGUCACGGUACAAAAAGCAUUAAGGUACGAGGAUUGUGUAUGAAUGGAUAUAUACUGCAUACUCUGGUAAAUGGGGCUAGAAACUUGUACAAAAAAUAUAGCUAAAAUGUAGGUCUGAUUAAAAAAGAAAAGAAAAAAAAAAAGACUGUUUGUGCCCCUCAACUCGCCUUUGGCUUCCAGGCUUGUGUGUGCUGCCUGAGGGAAGGGCACACGAGCUUCAGCCACCUCGAUCUCACUGUGUGUUCUGAUGGGCCCAGCUUCCCUACCAAUCUUCCACUUCCACCUCAACCCUUUCCAUCUCCACUACUUCUGUGCUCCAUUUAUCUUUCUGCUCCCCACAGGUCUCUGCUUUAAUUCACCAGCCUUUUUCUGUUGGCCUGGGACCAUCCUAAUAUCAUACCUUUUAUUCUGCAUCAGCACACCACCGCCACAACCAAAAACCAAUGCAACCAUGUGCAUUAUGCACUUUCACAACUCCACUAACACUUCCAUCACUUGUUAUUUUCAUCAUCAUCAUCAUCAUCGCCAUGAUCAUCACAACACUGGGUGUAACACUUCUAAUAACAGCCACUCCAUCACUGUAACAGGCUGUAUUUUCCCUCUAAGCUUGCAGUAUACCAGAGUUCUUUUUCAGUAAUUUAAUUUCCUCAAUCAAGAACGUUCCCUUCAUCAGUUCUUACAACCACUAGAAUACAAGGUCAGAAUUAGGAAUUCCAAGAGUCUCCAAAUUUCCAUCAAUUGCCAAUGAGCUAGCUCUUCUGACACCCUGUGAUAUAGCACUGUGCAGCAUUCUGUCCUCAUCUCAGAUGCCACUGCCCCAUUCCACCCUCCACACUCCACUCUCACUUUCACUGGGCUGCUCCUCGUUUGUUCAUCAUCCGAAACACACUGUGAACAUUGGACAUCCAGCAUUCUCUUCAGCUUUGCUAUUCUGUUACUUUUCAUAUCUUUGUGUGUACCUGGGGAUUAGUUGAGAGCUUCAAGAUUCAUCAGCAGGUAUAUUUGGAUUUUGUGGUGUGCAUAUUUGGCAGAAGGAAAUUGUCUAAUCCUUAGUGCUUUUAAGUGUUACCAAGGCUGCCAUAAGAAGCCCUUAUGUUUUUGCCAUUUUUGGUUGUAGAGGAUUUUAUUUAUGAAAAACAAAAGUAAGAAUACUCUUUUUAGUUACUGUUGAUGUAGCGUAAUAUCUACUGUUAGAUAUAAAAUUUCAUAAUUGUUUGUUCAUUUAGAAAGGAGCUUGAGAGAUUCUGUUUUGCUUUCAGUGAAAGAUAAUAUAAGAAUCUUUAUUAAAGGGCUCCUUCUGGCAAGACCUUUAGAUUUUAUCUAAUCUCUUCCAUGGUAUUGUAAAUGGAUGCAACUUUUUUAUGAUUUAUUGAUUGGACAUUUUAGUAGACUGUUAGAAUGCUUAAGAGCACCAAAGAUUGUCAUGUUUCUUAUACAAUAUUGGACCAGUCCAUUUGCAAAUCUUAAAAAUAUAUGUGCAUUAGGCUUUGCAUUGGAAGAUAUCAUGCUUAAGUUAAAACCCAUAUUGAUUUUUGAUGUGAUAUAUAAUUUUACAAACCUUAAUGUUAUGAUCUACCAUCCAUUAUUUCAUUGUAUUGUUCAUGUAUGUGUCACUGGUUCUCUGUGGCAUUCCCUCCUUGCAAUCCAGGGUGUCUGGUGCCAAGGUUACCACAGCUGAGCAAAUAUCUGACUAGUACAGGAUAUUGUAGGAUCCACACAGCUGAUUUUAAUAUGUGAACAUUCAUUUUAUGGAUUUUAGCAUCAAGAGUUUUAAGUACUAAUUAGCUUCCAGAUAUUCUGGUAAAUGGUAAAUGGAAAAAAAAUCUAAAAUAAACUUGAUAUCUAUUAAUUGAAUGGUGAAAUUUGUUGUAUGGCAUUAUGGCUAAAUGUGAUUUUGCCAUUCUGCAUAUAAAUCUUCACCUGAGUGUAUGACUCUAAGUCAAAACCUGUGAAAUAUAUUGUCUUCAGGUACACCAUGUCAGACAUUUAAGUUCAGCUUUGCACUGUUUAAAAAUCUUUGGACCCAAUUCUAGAACAUCUCUUGAUUGUUUAAGAAUGUUAAAUAAAUCCAGCCAAUCUUUGAGCUUCAGGAAGUUGAGAUGAUUGUCUAAUUUUAUAACAAAAACUCUGAUAAAAAGAGAGUGAAAACAAUUCAACUCAUUGCAAGUGACAUUCUAGAGUUUGGACCUCAGUCAGGUUAAUGUGUACAUUUGGAAGACGGAGAUCUGUUCAAAAUUUGACCAUAUAGUGUAGGUGUAGUCAGUGAGUGGCUGAUGGACGCAUGUCUCCUCAGGAUUUUUUGACAUUUAUCAACUUUUUGCUGGCUACUCUCCACAGGAAGAGCUGUAUACAGUUAUUAUAGUUAAGAGGGAUAAAUCUUGGGAUUAAGGGAUAAGGUUUCAGUUGAAUGGAUGGUUUCCUUUGUGGUUUAAUAGUGGCUUCCUUGGUACUUCUUUUAUACACUUGGGCUGAAGACAGGGCUCUCUCUUUUUUUUUUCUUUUUUUUUCCUUUCAUUUCUCUUUUUCGCCUAUGAAUAUUUAUAUUGAUUUCAUCGUUUGUGGAGGGUGGCCAGUCUCAUAGCCGAGCACCAUCCUUGUCCAGUGCCGGCAAAAUAAAAGUUGUAACCACCAGACGAUACUCGUUGGAUUUGAUUACUGUAUUUAAAGGUCCAGUUUUAGGAACUAACAUUUUCUAAAUGGCUCUAUUGCUUUAUAGUUAUGGGAGAAGGGAGGGGCUAUGCUUAGCUUAUUCUCAUUAUUAUGGUACUUGCUCCUAUUCCCCUUAAAAAUUUUAAUAUUUUAUAUAAUGACUGGUGUAAGUGAUAUAGAUGGUGAACUCUAUGGCGGUUAUGGGUUGUUUUAACCUAUUCUGAGGCUUCUUGAAGUACCUAGUCAGCAGAUCUUCGGGUAAACUCUGGUGACAGUUUGCAACUAUUCUUAAUAACACAGGCUACAAAUGACUGCCAUCAAAAUUUUGUCAACCCUAUGUUUGAGAUUUUCUAUUGUUAGGUCUCAAGUAAAGUUUUAUAUACACAUGACCUCUUAUAGAGGCUUAUGAACAAAUGUUUGACUGCUUUAUAUUUGUAGCCUACCUUCUUUGUUGUUUUUGUAAUGCAAAAUAUGUAGUGAGAAUGUUUGUAACUGGUUUUGGAUUAGAUGUGUCCUGUCCUUGAUAAACACUGGAGGCUAGUCUGCUCCAGUGAGUCCGCUUGUGCCGACUUGGUACACGACCGCCCCAAGGCCGCAGUCACAUCCACCCUGGCGGCCCACACCACAUCCCUCAUUCAUCACAAGGUACCUUUGUCCCGACCAUCUUAUUUUUGUAAAACUCACUGGAAUUCAUUCAUUCACUAUUUUACAUAUCAUUUUUCUACAUGGAGGAUGGUUAUCAGUGGCCUCUUUAAAUGGUCAACAUUGUCAACAAUAACUAAACUGUUAUUGGGUUCAACUUCCGAUUUGAUUUACUGUUUAAAAAGUUCAUUGGAAAGCAAAGAUGUACAGUUGUUUUGUAAAACCUUUCAUUCACAGCAGAUGUGCAGCAGGGAUAAGCAGAGGUCAUUAGGUUAACCUGUCCAUUAGGUUAAAUAACUUGCACAAACCUUGUUCUUUCUCAGCCCAAGUUAGGUUAGCAUUUCUUUGAAUAUUAUUAUUAUUAUUAUAAUUAUUACAUUGUUAUGGAAAUGUCUUGUCUAUACUUGUAUGGUAGAUGAUAUCUUAUCUUUCAUUGUAGUAUACACCCACUUGCCACUAACCUUUGAACCAUUGAAAGGAAUCUUGGUGUGGUUUGGGCCAGGUACCUGCAACACGGUAGAAGCUGCGGCAACAUAUGUUGUAAAGGUUUAUUUUUCAGGUGGUGCCGUUAUUCCGUCCGCGCCCGCCCUCAACCCUGACCUCACUCAAGUCUAUAAAGACUUAUUAUUUUUAACCUCAGCUAGUUUUACCCUGGUACAUAAGUGAGUUUACUUAAAUAGCAUUCCCUACUUAAAGGGGAAUGAUGAUAGUAGUAGCUUAGAGUAGUAGUUUUCAUAUUUUAAUGAGUUUUAACCAGCAAUUUUCCCAGGAUCAAUUCAAGAAUCCUAUCUAGAGGGCAGCUAGGGCCAAGCUUGAGGGCAGGCCGGACCAGGACCAGUGUGUGGGUAUUGUAUAACUAGGGUCUUGUGGUCUGCCCCAGGGAGUGUGGGCAAAUGCCCGUGGCGGUCCUCAGCAGUACAAAGUGUCUCCCGUGCCCCGUGCAAUGGUCAUUAUUAUCAUUACUCUCGACGUCAGUUCACCACCCAGUCCUCACCCGACCACGCGGUAGCACACGCGUCUAGACAUUUAGUAAGGUUAGGAUUCAGUAAUAAAAUAUCAUUGCAGAUUA